GCAUCGUAUCAGUUCAGCUCAGACAGCUAAUGGCAUCAAUGUAAAAGUAACACAACAAAAUACAAAAAUAGAACUGAAAAAAAAUAUACCAUAUAUAUUCGAUCGCUGCACAACUCGUCGCCUCUCUAUUGUGCAGUGCAACUGAAUUUUAUUUAAAGUGAAAUGAAUGAAGCCAGAAAAAUGGCAAAAGCCAUUAUAAUUGGCUGUGCUCUUUGUGGUGCCUUGCUAAUAUUGCUCUUCCGUCAUGGAAUUCCUCGUCGCAGCGAACCAAAUGGGAAUGAAUCAUAUGCACUGAUUGAAGCCGCAACGACAGAGUCGUCUGCUCCUUUGACAUAUUCCCAUAUAUCAGGUGAUGAAUAUGCAGCCAUUGAGCAUGACAUAAAUUCAUCGCGUAAUCAUAUUUUGCUGUUGCAUCGCAAGAAGCGUUAUCUCUUGUUUCCCGAGGGCAGCUCGUUCCAGUUGGUAUUUGAUUUAAUCAUACCGAUAGUGGACUAUACGAAUUUUGCCAUUCUUGGCGUCACUUGUGCUGUGGCCUGGGAGCUGCCCAGCAAGCCACCCAGCGAGCUGCUGCAUGACCUGCGCACUCGUCUAGAUGAUGGCACUCUCGGCACUGUGAGGCGCAACGACAGCGUAGAGCCAGAGCAACUGCAACAGCCACAAUUGCAGCAGCAGUCCGAGACAGUACCUCCAUUGGACAAUGGGGACUACAUUGGAACCGCCACUAAUUGGCAGUCAAUGCAUGCGCAGCCAGCAGCAACAGCAGCAGAAGCAUCAACAUCGACAUAUGCAACCAAUGCACAUAGAUAUUCAGCGUACUAUACGAAUGUGCAGAGCAAUGGCGGCGGAGGCACUUCCGCUUAUGCAAAUUCGGCUAAUGGAGAACAGCCUGCUAGGAGGCCGGCUAAUUGGCAUGCGCGACAGUCAAUAGCAAAGUGGCGACAGUGGGCAGGCACAUCUCCUCCAGCUGUUCCAACAACCAUUCCAUCUGUCGACUGGUCAGACAAUUGGUGGCAGCGCAACAAAGUGCGCGUUCAGCAAAAUUGGCGUCAAAAGCAACAGCAGUGGAGCUCCUACGCGCAGACCACGCAAAGGAGCUACAGCAGCUGGACAGAACGUCCACGUCAAUUGUUGCAGGAGCCACCCAGGCACAUAAUUUAUCCAGUGUUUGGAAAACGGCGACGUCGACGUCACGUCGAACUACAACAAAUCAAUGAUGACGCCAUCGAGCGGCUGCAUCUGCGCCAGCAUUUGAUUUCACGCGGACUGCUCUUUGGCAAGAUCGAACGUUUGUACAAAACAAGACAACUCAAUGGCACUUCCUGCAUUCAGCGUGCUCUCUGUGAGUCGGCACAGCGUCAAGAGCAUGGACACAAUCCACAGAGUUUCAUCAUGGAGCUGUUGUCGGCCAUCUUUCAGUUGCCCAGCGGCCUUGAAGGCAUUGAAGCGGACAAACACAUUCCAUCAAUGUAUCUGGAGGCACAUCGGGCGGUUGGCGACUGUCAACAGUUAUUUGGCGAUUGUAAUCAUAAAUUUUGGUUCGAAUAAAACCAAAUAAUAAUUAUGAUGCAGCUUGUUUGUU